UGCGUGCGUCAACACAGCGAAAGGGGGCGGUCUGUUGUCAACAUUUUUGCAGCGCUUCGCAGUGAAGCAGCUGAUAGAGCUACCAUGGCCUCUUCGGGGUUUCGGGGUGACGUUUCCCAGGUGCGUGGCGGCCGUGAUCCCGUCUUCUCUGAGGCCAUCAACCAGAAGAUGCGUGUCCCGGACCGGCUGAGAGUGGGGCCAGGCAUGGGACAGGGAGGGGAAGAGGCGAGGCAGGGGCGUGCUGAGCGUCCCGCUUCCUAUAGCAUGCACAUCCCAGACAGGCUGUCUCUCACAGAUGCCCCGGACAUGAGCCCCCGUCCAUUGUUCACGCCAUCCAAGCACAACUCAGCCCUCCCCCUGGGACUUGCAUGGGAGGCACAGCAGCAAGGUGCCUGGGACAGAGACCCCUACAUGAGGGAACCAGUGCAGAGUCCCCUGCGGAGGUCCUACAGUGACCAGGCUUUUGGCAGGAGUGACCCUGACACCCCCACCUCCAAACAGGCACUGCACACCCCCACCUUUCGUGGCGGUGCAGGACGCACCCCUAAGCGCUCCGCUGCUGCUGCAAACCCCCUGCCCAUGCCCCUGGGGCUCCCUGCCAUCCCACCCAGCCACCUGUCCCCAACGACCAUGCUACAGGCCGCCAAGGAACUGGGCCAACAGGCCUCACAGCGCCUCCUGCAGACUGUCACACAGAAAUACAGGUUCAGUUAUCCUGAACAUCCAACGACUGCUGUGGUCGAGGCACCCCCUGUGUACGUUGAACCAGCCAAGAAAAGUGCCAUGCAGGACUCUUGGAUGAGCCCAGAUGAUGAGGGAAGUGCCGCAGCUGUGGAGUUCAUCGUACUUAGGAGACAGGUGGUAAAGAUGAGUCGUCGUCUGGCGGGUCUGGAAAGGCAGAAUGCUGAAUGCAGACAGACGGAGCUGGUGCUCUUCUCCCUGCUCCUUUCUGCCUGCCUGCUCAACGGAUGGCUCUGGAUACGCAGAUAAGACACACCGUCAUUCAAACAGCCCACUCAUCUGCACUACAACCCUCCAACCAGCUACUUUGCUCAACUCUGCAUUACACAUCCAGUCAGCUGGGUAUUGCAGUGCACUUAUUUACAUACACAUGUUGGUGUUAGGUGCUCAGCAUCUAUCGUUUAAAAUGGCAUCUCUUCCCUCAUCUUUCUUUGAAGUCCAGGGGAGGAAAGGAAGCUGUUUGGACCACUUAAGUAGGGACAGUUCAUCCAUUUUUACAUGUGGCCUUAUUUUCACUCUUUCUGUUCUUGUAGUUGAUUCCCAAACUUGUAAUUGUUUUAUUUGUUUCCUUACAGAGAAAAUUGGUUGUCAUCACUUGCCAUUGACUAUAAUGCAAUAUCCAAAUAUGUCGAAAGCAUAUUGGAAAACACUCAAACACUCCACAUUACAUAAGAAUCCCAUUCUGAAUGUCUCUUUACUCAGUUUUUAAAAAGUCCACUGUGCCAUAAAUCCAUGUUUGAAUGGUUCUGUUUACAACAAAAAUAUGGAUUUAUUGGGGCAGUGAAAUAAAUAAAUAUUGAGAGCAGAAACAAUUUAGAAUGGAAUUUUGACGUGAUAUGAAAUUAAAAUUUUCUCUAAUAUAUAUUUAAGAAACAAACUGUUUGGGGAUCAACUACAAGCACAGAAAGUGAAAAUAAGUCAUUUAAAUGUAAAAAUCAGGGAACUUCCCCUUUAAGUAGGGCCUUAGGACUGAGGAUCGAAUGAGGGCGUUGAGAGUUAGUGUGCAAAGGUAAUACAAAUAAAUUACAAUGCAUUGUCAAGGUGGAGGCUGGCCAAUUUCAACAUAAUCAGGGAUUGAUUCAUGCAUAAAGGAUUGGCCGUCUGACCUGGACAGCUAGUGUUUACCACGGCUGGAGGAGGUGAUGGUGUUACUGCUGAAGCUCUGCUACAUUCUGGUGGCUAGGUUGGAUAAUCAGAUUCACGUCAUAGGUCUGUCUAAACACAACUUGUAACAUUUGAAUGUAGUUGGUAGUCUCUUCCUAUAGCCCCUGUAUCUGGGGGUGGAUCGCCAUAAGUCAAUUGGUAACUGGUCUGAAGUAUCAAGAAAACCAUUAUGGCAUGAUUUACUUGAAACUCUUCAGACCUAAAGAAGCCUAAAUUGUAAUCAGUUGCAGACAGUACAUAGGUAAUAAGGUUCUAAGACCUACACUAUAUAUACAAAAGUAUGUGGACACCCCUUCAAACUCUUUCAGCCACACCCGUUGCUGACAGGUGUAUAGAAUUGAACACACAGCCAUGUAAUCCCCAUAGACAGACGUAAAAAUCGUCAGUCCUCGGUUGCAACACUCACUACUGAGUUACAAACUGCCUCUGGAAGUAACGUCAACACAAUGAAAUGUGUUUCCAUGGCCAAGCAGCCACACAAGCCUAAGAUCACCAUGCACAAUGCUAAGCGCCAGCUGUAGUGGUGUAAAGCUCGCCGCCAUUGGACUCGAGCAGUGGAAAUGCGUUCUAUGGAGUGAUAAAUCACAUUUCACCAUCUGGCAAACCGACAGACUAAUCUGGGUCUGGCGGAUGCCAGGAGAAUGCUACCUGCCCGACUGCAUAGUGCCAACUGUAAAGUUUGGAGUAAUAGUCUGGGGCUGUUUUUCAUGGUUCCGACUAGGCCCCUUAGUACCAGUGAAGGGAAAUCUUAACGCUAAAGCAAACAAUGACAUUCUAGACAAUUAUGUGCUUCCAACUUUGUGGCAACAGUUUGGGGAAGGCCCUUUCCUGUUUCAGCAUGACAAUGCCCCCAUGCACAAAGCGAGGUCCAUACAGAAAUGGUUUGUGGAAGAACUUGACUGGCCUGCAUUGAGUCCUGACCAACCACAUCGAACACCUUUGGAAUUAAUUGGAACGCCGACUGCGAGCCAGGCCUAAUCUCCUAACAUCAGUGCAUGACCUCUAAUGCCUGAAUGGAAGAAUGUCCCUGCAGCAAUGUUCCAACAUCUAGUGGAAAGUUCUCCCAGGAGAGUGGAGACUGUUAUUGCAGCAAAGGGGGGGACCAACUCCAUGUUAAUGUCCAUAAUUUUGAAAUGAAAUGUUUGACGAGCAGGCGCACACAUACUUUUGGUCAUGUAGUGUAUAUUUAAUCAAGACUUCAGUGGCUUGGAACUUAUCCAAUGAAAUUAUAUAUGCAGUCAUUUUUUCAGAAGUCAAAUUAUGUUAAUCACAAUGAAUGUACAUGUUGCACUCAUUUAUUGCAUGGGCUUUAUUUUUCAAUUUUUGAAGUUGCACAGGCUUUUCUUGUACAUGUAUUUAAUAAAUUAGAUUUGAUAUGUUGA